AUGCGUAUCUCCGCACUUCUCCUCACUUCCCUUCCCAUCUGUCUCGGGGUAGCAUCUCCCUCCCAUACCCAGCCGGAUGUGUACGAAGCCAUUCAUCAGAGGGAGUCAAUUCUCGCCGAGACUCUCGACACCAAGGACUGGAGCCGUCUUGGCGAGUCAAUGACGCAAGACGUCGUCUACGACAGCAGGCCUCUGGGACCGGACUACGGCGGCCUCUCUGUUGGUCUUCAGCAAGUCAUCGAGAACACCAAAGCUGCAUUUGGAGAUGCCAAGGUUGCGCACCACGUCUCGAAUGCCAUCAUCAGGCUAAACCAUGACGCGUCCAAGGCCAACGUUACCACCUAUAUCGUCUGGUCUCGCUGGGAGCCAAAGGCGCUUCACGAUCCGAAGAAAACGUUCCGCAUCUACGAGAGAUGUGACGACAAGUUUGUGGUGGAUGACGGGAAGUGGAAGUUGAAGUAUAGCUUGGUCACAAACCUGGCCCCAAAGGUCGAGAAUCCUUACUUCAACAAAGAGAAGUAA